AUGUUUGAUAUAGUCCCAAGUCUCGGGAGGGGUGAAAUCCACAGGGCCGGGCCCUGUAUUAGCAAAACGCGGCUAACAAUUUUUCUUUGUUUUAUUUUCCCCCAUUUCAGGCGCACUACUCCUCUUCAUCACUGCCGUCCGCGGCCUUGUUUCUCAGACUCGAUGAAAUCCAGCACAUACGGAUACGCAUACUCGGUCUAUGACAUGGACGGAUCACCCCAGGCCGUCACCGAGCUCGACCUGAGCGCCUGCCACCCCAACUCCAUUGUCGACAGGAUUAAUGCCAUGCCCGCGUUGAAGACGAGUACUGUUACAUUCAAUAUCGCACCUCGUUUAUCCUGUCUCUGGAGAUUUGUCCCCCUUUCCCACCUUGACUUCUCACGCGACACAUUACUGCCGUGGGAGAGAAAAAUCUCCAAAGGGGGAAACCAAAAAUCCCGGUGCGGGGCAUCAUUCAAUCCCACCCACCAAGCCCCAACUGCCAUGUCCACCAGAAACAUCACCGUUACAUUUCCGAUACAGCCAAGAUUUUUCACGUCGCUUAAACUCUUAACAAAACACCUUGAUCAAAAACACCAAACUUACAUUUUCAUGUCAAUAGCAUUCUUCACCUUCCUCCGCGCCAACCUCGUCCUCCCCCACAGCGCCAUGUCCUCCAACCCAUCAACCCCCAACCUAGCACCCUCUUCUCUCCGAAGGUCACCACCAACCCCCCAAUCCCAUUCCCGCCCAGCAACGCCCAUCCCAACCACCACCCUCGACGAAGAAGAUGAGAUCCCCCCCUUGACCCUCGAAGUCCUGACCUCCAAGCCCGACAAAACCGCGGCGUUGAAGCUCAUCGCCGAUAGCAUCGCCCAACAAAGACAAACCGCCUCAAGCCAUAUAAUCACCCACCCCCUCCCCCUCUCCUCCCUCAUCGCCACCUUGGCCAUAACCUACCACUUCUUCCUCUCCUCAUCCGACCUCGGAACAAAACUGAUGAUCCUUUCGUCAUUGGUAACGACAUACCUCCUUACCGUACGGUACCUCACCUCCCCAUUCAUCCGCCUCGCCGAAAGCAUCACCCCUUCCUUUCUCGGGUCAGACUCUCCCGAAGAUCAGGACACCGUUAUUGCCUGCCGGUACGGGGGGGAGAUUAUUGGGGUCACGGUGUUGCAUAUUUCCCGUCCGGCGGGGCAGUCAGAUCCCAAUUUCAAGAGGCAUAAACAGAGGGGCAGUUUGAGUUCGUUCAAGGGGGGGAAGGGGGUGAUCAGGGCUUGGACGGUCAAGUCGAGGUAUAGAGGGAAGGGGUUGGGGGGGGAUAUGCUGAGGGAGGCGGUUAGGUUGACGAAAGAAAGAUGUGGGAGGGAUGGGGAGGUGGGGUUUGCGAGGGGGCAUGCUAAUGCGGGGUUGAUUCCUGUGGGGGGGAGGGGGGAGGACAAUAGACAGGGAGAUAGGGAGGAGGAGAUGGUGUUGCCGGAGUGGUUGAACCGGGGGUGGUUGAGGAGGUCUGAAAGAAAGGCGGCGCAGGCGCUGGAGAGGGUGGUGAGUGAGUUUGGGAAUGGGAAGAGGAGAUGA